AUGUCGGCUAAUCGAAACACGUUCUCAGGCAAGGUGCUGGGGGGCAUGAAGCUGACCCCAUGCGGCGGCUACAUGGUAUAUCCUCUGGGGUCAACACUGGUGGUGCGGAGCAUGACGGGGAAGAACAAGCAGGCCUUCUUGGAGGGACACACCUCGGAAAUAUCAUGCGUCGCGAUGAGCUCCGACGGAACUCGCAUCGUCUCCGGGCAGGCAAACCACAUGGGUGUGAAAGCGGACCUCUGCAUUUGGGACCUGAUCCAAGCUCAAGCGAACUGCGACGCCGAGAAGCCGAGCGGGGCGGGCGUGCUGCUCCACCGCUUGAAGCAGCACCUGGGGCACGUCCGGGCCGUUGACUUCAGGACAAUGGUCACUAGUAACCUUGUAGGGGAUUCAAUGCGCGUUUUGGUGAGGAACGCUCACUACAUCACCACACCUAUCUCCAACCUCGUUUCGCUUCCGUGCUGCAGCUUCGACGGGAAGUACUUCGCGUCGCUGGGCGGUCAGGACGACAACUCGGUGGUGAUCUGGGAGGCGAAGACGGGCCGGGCCGUGUGCGGCUCCCCCGCGGCCCAGGACUCCGCCUUGAGCGUGAAAUGGCUGCACCGCCGCAAUGACCGCUUCGUCACCGCGGGUAACUUCCACCUGAGGGUCUGGCAGGUCGACGUCUCGAUUCCCAAGGUCCACGCCGUGGACGCCCAGAUGGGGGGAAUGCGCCGCGCGAUCGAGUGCAUCAGCAUCACGGAGGACGACAAACACGCUUACUGCGGGACUCGCACCGGAGACGUUCUCAAGUUCAAGAUCGACCGGGAUGACAUCCGGUACUUCAACGAUCCGGACACCAUCCGCCCCACCCUGGCGGGCUACAGCCUCGAGAAGUUCGGCAAGGGGGUGCGAUCCGUGCACUGCGUGCUCAACCCGGAGACGGGCAACACCAACACGCUAGUCGGCGGCGGCGACGGGACUGUCAGCUUCAUCAACCAAUCUCUCAACAAGGUUGCUGGCAAGCACUGCGAGCUGAUGGGCGCGGUCACCUCGAUUGCCAUGUGCCCCGGCAACAAGGGCUUCUUCGUCGGGACGGCGCUUUCCAACAGGUACUGGGUAACGAUGGACAUGGAAACGGAGCUUCGCGGUACCUGCCACUUCGCCCGCGUGAACGACAUCAUAUUCCCCGCCGGUUGCUCUGACCUCUUCAUCACCUGUUCCGUGGCUGAUAUCCGUGUAUGGAACGCCACUCUUCGACAGGAACUCUUGCGCAUUCAAGUGCCCAACCUGGAGUGCUUCUGCGUGGGCAUCACGCGAUCGGGCGGAACGAUCGUGUCUGGCUGGAGCGACGGCAAGAUUCGCGCCUUCUACCCGGAGUCCGGCAAGCUCAAGUUCGUCAUCUCCGACGCGCACGCGGACGGUGCCACGGCCUUGGCCCUCGCGCAAGACGAUGAUACCCGCCCCCCUUGGAGGUUGAUCUCGGGCGGUGGGGAUGGGCGGGUGCGUGUCUGGUCCGUGACUUCCUCGCACCAAGCCAUGACCACGUCGUGGAAGGAGCACCGGGGACCCGUCACCUGCAUCCAGGUGUCUCGCGAAAACGGACAGUGCAUCUCGGGGUCUGCGGACGGAUCGUGCAUCGUCUGGGACCUCAACCGCGGGAUCCGCGUGCUCGCCCUCUUUGAGCCGAACGUCUUCAAGGGGGUCCGGUACCACCCGGACGAAUCGCAGUACAUCACGUGCGGUUCCAACCACAAGAUCACGUACUGGGACGCGUACGACGGCACCGCCAUCCGCGUGAUCGAGGGGGGUGACGAGGAGAUGAACACCCUCGACGUGGAGCCUUCGGGGGAGGCGUUCGUGUCCGGCGGGGACGACGGGCUUGUUAAGGUGUGGCACUACGACGACGGCCUGACGAUGAGCGUCGGCACGGGGCACAGCGGAAGCGUGGCCGCGGUGCGAAUCUCGCCCGACCGCAAGAUCAUCGUCUCGGUCGGGUCCGAGGGUGGCAUAUUCAUCUGGGGGAUGCUACCGCCGUCGUGCGAUGCUCACGCCGGCGGGAGCCCCGGCAGAUCGGGGGCGACGACGAACGGGUGCAACUUGGAAGGGGCGGCGGCUGGCGGGAACCUUAACACUGAUAGGAUGGCGGAUGACGUCUCGCGCGUCUCGAUGAGCAGAUGAGCGGGGGAAGAAAGGAUUUUUGCCGCGUCAAAUGCUCGAGUUACUGUAGAAAACAAUGAUGAACUCAAGGGGAUUUGGUUUAGCUCGUUAUCGCUGGAGUUCCAAGAACAGGAGAAGAAGAGGUACGGUCAGAACGACUUUUCGUGUGUAAAAACAACGUCAACAACAACAAGUGUAAUAAAGUUGCAAGCAGUGUUUUCUUUCGCUGGGUGUCGGGAAGGGAUGGGAAUAUCCAAAGGUGGUGUGCAAGAAAAACGCGCAAUAUUGCACGCGGCUGCCUGUUUGUAUGGAAGUGAAAGUGUACCACCUGUAGCCGAAGACGAGAGCAGUACGAGAGGGG